AUGAAGCCCAUUCAUAUUCUCCUCCCCAUUACUGCAGCUGUUGCUCAGGAGCUGUGUGAGCAGUAUGGCGUUGUAUCGAGCGACGGGUAUAUUGUCAACAACAACAUGUGGGGACAAGACUCCGGUACGGGCAGCCAGUGUACAACAGUUGAGAGCAUCUCAAGCUCUGGUGUCCAAUGGCACACCACCUGGACCUGGUCUGGUGAGGGGAGCGUCAAGAGCUACCCAAACUCCGGUUUGACCUUUGACCCCGUGCUGGUCAGCGGCAUUGGAAGCAUCCCAUCUACCGCAGAGUGGAGCUAUGAUAAUACAGACAUCGACGCUGAUGUGGCGUACGAUCUCUUCACCGCCGCGGAUCAGAGCCACGAGACUAGCAGUGGUGACUAUGAGCUUAUGAUCUGGCUCGGCCGGUAUGGCGCAGCCACGCCAAUUGGUAGCCAGUUGGACAGCGCAGACGUAGGUGGCACUACCUGGGAAAUCUGGAACGGCAUGAACGAGGACAUGGAAGUGUAUAGCUUUGUUGCCUCGGAGCCCGUUACGUCCUUUGACGCAGAUAUCAAAGAGUUCUGGGACUAUCUGACCGACAACCACUCUUACCCCGCGGACAGCCAAUAUCUUCUUACUGUGCAAUUUGGCACUGAACCAUUCACUGGUGGCGAGAGUACCUUGACUGUUUCUCAGUUCACGGCGAGCGUGGCAUAG